CUCAAGAAACAAGGAUGGAGAGAUACCACUUUUUUGUGAUCCUGCUGUGUGGGAUCUUAAUAUCCGGAGUCCGCAGUGCUCCAUAUACAAAUUUUUCAAUCGAUUGUGAAACUUUGGUGCCGGACCACCCAGGUCAACCUCAGGAAUCUGCAUCUCCCUUUCACGUUUCCUUUCCUUCUGAGCAAUAUGAUCCAGGAAGUGAAGUAAAAGUGAACAUAGAAGGACCACCAGAUGCUGGAUUCAAAUGGUUCAUGCUGCAGGCCCGAGACAUUGAUAAAAACAUCCCGGUUGGCUCAUUUUAUAUCACAGAUCCAAAUACAGACACCUUUAAUUGCUAUAACCUAUCGAGUUCCACAUUAAUUCACAAGAACUCAGAUGAGAAGCACAACAUCACGUCUGUUUGGAUUUCACCUGAAGCCACAAAAGUUCAGUUUGUAGCCACCAUCUUUCGUGAUCCUGAAACAUACUGGGUUGUUAUUCCCAGAACAAUCCUCUUUCCUAGAGAUGUCAAUAAGACUGCAAAUGUUUCUGAAGUUGUUGAUGAGCCCAAACUAGUGAAUGCAUCAGCAAGAAGUAGAAAGAAGUCUUCAUCGAUCACUGUAAAAGUAAACUGUGGACAGGGUGGAACAUAUGCAAGCAGCAGUGAAUGUGCCAAGAGUUCAACUUUCCAGAGUGGUAGCAACCAGGCCCAGGGAGGUAUAGUGUACCAAGGAGGGAUCAAAAAGACUGGAUGCAUUGGUGGUGGAACAGCUAGUGUUUACAACAAGUAUGGCUGUGGUGAUCCGGGUGUUGACUAUGGUAGCAGCAACUCAUAUGGACAGUCUGUUUCAACGUCAAAUAAAGGAAAGGUCUUUGUGUAUCCUCCAAGCAACCCUUAUCCACCUGAGCGCUCAACAUACACAUCGCAACUUGCCAACUCCAAAUACAAGCAUAUUCAGAGUACUAAAUACAGUGAGAAAAUACAGUCUCAGGUAUGA